AUGGCGUACAUAUACUCCAACCUGUCGGACUUCUGGACCAGCGAUGAUGAAGACGACGAGGAGGUAGAUGGGACAGAGGAGGAUGCGCCAAGUGCGGCCAAUGCAGCCAAUGCGGUGAACGCGGCCAACGGGGUGAACGCCGCAGAAGGGGUGGAGGCGUACGACGCGGUGAAGAGGUCGGGCGACCCCCCAUUCGACGACCAGAACUACCAACUGAGCAGGUACGCCCUUGAAAACUACGACGAAGACCCCUUCGAAAAAAGAGAAGAUGUGGGGCCCAACGAUACGUACUACACAGGCAGCAGCCCCUUCACAAAUGUCAUGGAAAGUGGCCUCAACUUUAACAUAAAUGAAGUGAUGAACGGACUCACCAACAAUGUAGUAGACAAUUUCUCCAUCAAAAGUAUGAUAGAGAAAUAUGACAUUAGCAGUUUUAUGUAUAACGAUAAUUUGUUAAAAUAUUGUGAAACGGGGGUAGCCAUAAAUGACGAUUCGGCAUGCGGGGAGAAGCUGUCCCUGAAUGAGAACUUCCACUUCAGCUGCUUUGGCCCCGUGGAGUAUGUCAGUCCGCCCAAGUGUGGCGUGAGGGGGGGCGCCGACGGGGCCCCCGCGGAGGGAGACGCAGCCAAAGGCGCAGUGGAGGGCGCGGUGGAGGGCGCGGUGGAAGCCACGAUUGAAGCCACGAUUGAAGCCACUCCCCCAGGCGCCGCGCCCACCCAGCCGGAGGUACCCCUCACUGAGGAACCGCUAACUGGGGAACCCCUCGCUGAGCUACCCCCAACUGAGUUACCCCCAACUGGGGAGCCCCGCGCGGGCGACGAUAAAGCCAACGUGAAGUACAUCAGGAAGAAGUGGGUGAUAGAGGACAACCACUCGGACGUCUCGAACUUCAGCCAAAACGACCUGCUCCUAAGCUACGACUUCGAACUGGACGAUUUCCAAAAAAGGUCCAUAAAGCACCUGAACAAUUUCAAACACGUAUUUGUAGCGGCGCACACAUCAGCAGGAAAAACGUUAAUUGCAGAGCACGCCAUAGCGAUGUCAAUCAAAUUAAAUAAAAAGGCAAUAUACACCAGCCCCAUAAAGGCAUUAAGUAACCAGAAGUACCACGAAUUUAAAAAUCUUUUCAAAAGCGUAGGAAUCAUAACAGGAGAUAUCAAAAUGAAUGUCCAUGCAAACUGCAUCAUCAUGACGACAGAAAUUUUGAGAAAUCUACUCUACAUAAAUGAUAAUAUAAUUAAUAAUAUACACUGCGUUAUUUUUGAUGAGGUGCACUAUGUGAAUGAUAACGAUAGGGGAUUUAUAUGGGAAGAAUCCAUCAUCAUGUUGCCUCCCCAUGUUCAGAUCCUACUGCUGAGUGCUACGGUGCCGAAUUAUCUCGAGUUCGCAGACUGGGUAGGGUUUACGAAGAAGAAGGAGAUCAUUUCCAUCUCGACGAAGAAGAGACCCGUGCCGCUGCUGCACUACAUUUACGCCUACGACACGAUUUUUCAAAUCAUGGACGAGAAGAACAAAAUUUACUCCUCCGCUUUUAAGGAGAUAUACGUCAAGGUUAGGGAGAAGGAGCAGGGGGGUGCGCAUGGCGGCGGCGGGCAUGGCAGCGGUGGGCAUGCUGGUCAUGCUAAUCAUGGCGGGCAGGCCAAACACGCGCCAAGCGCGAAGAGGAACUCGCACGACGGGAAGAACAAGCAGCCAGGGGGGGGCGCCGGUGCUCCCAGUAACAACCAGCCAAUGGCGUACAACGAGUACUGCAAGCAGAAAAGGAGGCAAAAGCUCUUCGCAAACGAAGCGAACAUGAAAACGGAAAUACAAAAGCUCCAGGCACUUAUAAAAAAAUUAGAACAAGACAACAAACUCCCAGUGGUCCUUUUCUGCUUCUCAAGAAUAAAAUGCGAAACGUACGCUAAAAGUAUGCCCCAUUUAAAUUUCCUAGACAAUAAACACAAGUCCAAGGUGCACCUCUUCAUCAAAGAAUCGAUAGCAAAGUUAUGCACACAAGAUAGGGAGCUUAAUCAAAUUAAAAUUUUAACCAAGCUGCUGGAAAAAGGGAUCGGAAUACACCACAGUGGGUUACUCCCUAUAUUGAAAGAAAUCGUGGAAAUUCUUUUUUCCAAAGGGUUAAUUAAAAUUCUUUUUGCCACGGAAACGUUUGCUAUGGGAAUUAACAUGCCAGCCAAAUCUGUAGUUUUUACAUCCAUUUAUAAGCAUGACCAGCUGAAGAAGCGAAUUCUCACCUCGUCGGAGUACACGCAGAUGUCCGGCCGAGCGGGAAGAAGAUCCUCCGAUAAGUACGGCUACGUAUACAUCUACUGUGCAGAUAAAAUUCCAGACCAAGUGCAGCUGACCGAAAUGCUUAUGCAAAAGGCAGUCAGCCUGAAGAGCAAAUUUAAGGUCACCUAUAACAUGAUUUUAAAAUUGCUCAUCAAUAAACAAAUCAAUAUUGAGAAAAUGCUCUUUAGCUCAUUUUUGGAAAGCUGCAGGGCUGUUCAAAUUCCCCUCUUUAAGAAAGACUUGAAGAGAAAAAAAAAGUUAUUGCAAAAUAUAAAACAGGUGCAAUGCAUUUAUGCGAAUGAUGUUAAGUACGUCUCUCCAAUUGAGAGCUACGUACAAAUUGACUGCAAGCUGAAACAUAUCGGAUUGAGCUUACACAGAAAACUGUUCACCAUGAAGAGCAGCAACGCGUUUGUCAUCGGGAGAGUCAUGCUGCUCAACAAUAUUGGCACUCUGCAUAGCUCCAUCUACGGCGUCUACCUCGGGUGCGACAAGAGUAGCAGCAAGAAAAACGAAAAAGUGGACUUUGCUCAGAAUAGCAUUUUUUUUCAGAGCCACUCCGCGGCGGGGGAGGAGUCCAGUGAGAGGUUCUUCUUCCUGUUCAUCUUGCCCGAUUUUAUGACCUACGAGGAGUUGCUGCGCAAAAUGGGGGGGGACACCCCCAAUGGGGUGAAGCAGCCCGGGCAAGCGAACCGCUCCUCAGUGAAGCAGUCCCCACAAACGAACCCCUCCCCAGUGAAGCAGUCCCCACAAACGAACCCCUCCCCAGUGAAGCAGUCCCCACAAACGAACCCCUCCCCAGUGAAGCAGCCCGGACAAGCGAACCACCAAAACGUGAACAUGUUCGAAAAUUACAAAAACCUCUUUUCCAAGCAGAGCGCCCCCACGGGGGUUCAGAUCGUGCACCACAACUCAUUCGACACAGACAUGCAGAAGAAGCACUUCGUGGUCUGCUCCAAUGUACCCAUCGAGCACAUCUCCAUCAUAACCAACGCGGUUGUGGUGCUUCCAAAUGUAAAAACAACAGCCAUUUUGAAUAACCCCAAGAAUAUGCUGCUGUACAGUUUGGAACUGGACAGGCUGAUAGAGAAGGGGAAUUUCGAGCCGUUCGUUUUGACCAAAAUGCUCAAGUCCCUAAAGUGUGAAUUUUACUCUGUACUUAUAAACCAGGCAGAUUAUUUGGAGGCCCUAAAAAAGUCAAAAUGCUACUCAUGUAACAUGAGGGAAAAGCACUACGAACUUGUGUGCAAAAGGAAUAACUGCAUUAAUGAUAUUGAAAAUAUUGAGCGAAACAUCAAUGCCAAGUCCCUCAAUUUAUAUGAAGACUUGGAGGGAAGAUUGGACGUGCUCAGGCAUUUCUCCUUCAUUGAUGAUGAGCAUAAUUUAACGGUUAAGGGGAAAAUAGCUAGCUACAUCACCCUGACAGAUGAAAUUACCCUCACGCAGGUGAUCUUCGAAAACCUUUUGAAUAAUUUGAACCCCCCCGAAAUAGCUGCUGUUCUGUCCUGCUUUGUAGCACCGGAAAAAAAAAUUGAAGAAUCACCAGACCUUACUGUUAACCUGCAGGAUGUUAAAAUGGCCUUGACAAAUAUUCACAGCCAAUUUGAAGAAUUCUAUAAAAUUAUCCGCUUGAAAAUCAGCUCUGAGGAGCACUGGAAGUUGUGCAGCUUUAAAAUUAUGUUUAUUGCGUAUAAGUGGGCCCUGGGCGUCUCUUUUGCCGAGCUGCUGGAGCAGUCCGAGCUGGAGGAGGGGCUCAUUGUGCGGUCCAUUUUGCGCCUGGACGACCUCUGCAGGAAGGUAAAAAUCGCCUUUCUCUACCUCGGCAACGUCGACUUGGCGGAGCGCCUCGAGACUACCUGCACGCUCCUCCGCCGGGACAUCAUUUUCAUGACGUCGCUUUAUUUGCAGUGA